AUGCCUCCGAAAACCAAAGGAAAAAAACAAAGUGGGACAAAAACCAAAAAGACCGCGGAAAAACUGACACCGAAUGAACUUUUGUUAGACUACAAAAUCGGUUUGGCUCGAUCCAACCUGAUGGAGUUGGAGUUCAAAAGAACAAAGCUGUUAGAGCAGAUAGAGAACAAGGAAUCCGAACUGCGCGAACUGAGCAAACGAAGUGAGAUGGAAAUGAAAGAGACUAUGGACAAGUGGAAAGAAUUCAAGAAAUCGGCAAAAGAUGAGAUAACCAGUGCACAGGUGAUCGACUGUAUGCACUCAAACUGGAAAGUAAAAGACGAGGAACAAAAAGCUAUUCACAGCAUCCAAGAACAGAUUAGACAAGUUCGAGCGAAUAUCGAAGAGACACGUCGGGAAGUAGAACGUUGGAAGUAUUUUGAAGCAAAAACAAUGCCUUCGAAUGCCGAGUUUAUCGUGAUACUCAGACAAGAAAUCGACUCCAUGAAAGACAGAUACGACUCAUUUGUGGAGAAUAUUAAACAAGCGUUUGCCGAGAAAAAGUCAGACUAUUUUGACACAUUUCGAUCCAAAUUGGAAACCAUACGCAAAGCUUCCGUGGACGCAGCAGUUGGUAAAUUGGAUAACCAACAUUGGACUCAGUUGGAACAAGAAGAGUGGUUUAGAAAAGAAUUAUUCAUACUGAAGCAGCGAGAGCAAGAAUUGUCCAAAAGGAUCGAAGAGAUUGAGAACAUGAAUAUUAUGAUCUGUGAUCGAUUAGCUCAGUCACGACUCAAUCCGAUGCUGUGGCCGGCGCGAGUGCCCCAAAAUUUCCCUCAGAAAACAGAUAAUCUAUAUUACAGUCACGUUUUGGAUUUAGAUGUUUCGGGGUAUUUUAAAAACUUGCAGCUCAGUUCACAUCAAUCGCUGGUGGACGAAGUGAACCUGGGGAACGUGAAAACUCAGAUCAGCACCGAGCAAGAAGGUCCCACAAUGGAACUGCAAAUGUGUGAAUACCAACAGUCUGUCAAAGACAGUUUUCUAUCGGAAAAUAUGAGUGCGCUACUCAGUGACCUGACAGAUUCGGAUCGAUGGAACAGGAUGAUGGCUGUGGGAAAUGAAGAGGUCCAAUUGUUGAACAUUCGAGGAGUUUCUCCUCGCCCAAAUUCAUCAGCAACAGAGACAUGA